AUGACGGAGGCUAAAUUCCCUCCACUUGCACCCGUUCCGCCUCCAAAUGUACAAGAAUGUAUUCCAAGCGAGGACUGGGCGUCAUGUCUCGAUGCUUGGAUUGUCUCUGUUGAGUUUCGUCUAAGGGUUUCCGAGGGAGAUUUCGAAACGCUUGCUUCCAAAGAUACCCAAGCUAAAUCAUUUCUAUCCUCAUUUUUUAACUUCCCUACGUCAUUGCCGGGACCAAAUGCCAGCACCUUACGACGCCUAUGUUUCCUUCUGGCACGACGGUUAUUACUCUAUGUGCCAGAGCAUGUUCUCGACUGGCAGUUCUUGGGAGCCUUUUGCAGUGCCUACAAUUGCAGCUCCGCCCUUAAGACCGUUUUAAGAAAUGUAUGGCAAAAGGCUUCCAAAAACUUGACUCUCAGCAUUGAGAAGGGCAAGACAAAUUUGAUGCAACAGCUUUCCCAAAGUGCUCCUGGGAAAGAUGCAAAUGUACUUGGUGAUUUACGAUCUUUAACGUUGUUGGCAUUUUCUCUUCCAGAAGUUGGUUACGUUCUGAUGACGGGAUCCGAUUAUAUUGACGCGAUGUUUGAGGCGUACCAAACCCAGAAAGACAAAUCUUUACAGGAUGCUAUAGUUGCGAAUAUAUACGUGGCGCUAUCAUCAUUAAUGAUUACGUCUCCUCCAGCAGUAUCGCUGCUUUUGGAUCAGCUCUUCAAUUUGAAGGCCUCCGCUAGGGUGGAUGGUGCAGGAUCUCCGAAAGAUCCAAAUCUGUUGUCAGACCUUGUCUGCAGUACUAAUUUACUAAAGCGGAUGGAUCGAUUGUGUUCAGAAAGCCCGCAAAAACGUGCUGACAAGCUAUUAUCCUCCUUGUUUUCAUACAGUAAAGUUUGUCGUGGGAUGCAUCCCAUCCGCCGGCGCCGGGUCAAAGAAAACAAAGGAAAGCAGCGCAGAACUGAAGCUGACGACGUAAAUGAGUUCCACAUUCAUAAGAUGUCCCUCGUGACGCAAAUCCAAGAUCUUUUUCCAGACUUGGGUUCUGGAUACGUGGUUAAGCUACUUGAUUACUACUCCGAUAAUGUCGAAACCGUCGUCUCACAUCUUGUGGAAGAUUCUCUGCCUGCUAACCUGAAGGUUCUCGACCAUUCGGAUCAACUUCACAUCCCAGAGGUUAUUACAGAACUCGCACCUCAAUCAACACCUCCACCCGCGACGUCGUUCACUCGGAGAAACGUCUUUGACAACGAUGAAUUCGACCGUUUGGCCAUAGCUCCAUCCAAGCUCCACUUUGGUCGCACAAACGCUGACUUGACUGCGGAUGAUAUCCUGGCAGAUAGAUCCGGCCACUCAGUCAACAAGGCUGCCAUUCUCUCAGCUCUUGCUGCGUUUGACUCUGACGACGACGAACAUGAUGAUACUUAUGAUGUUGCCGACGUCGGUGGAACCGUUGAUUCAAUGGCCCCAGGCACUGGAAUCGACCCAGACGUUGAAGCAACGCAAAGACUACGUAGCGGGCUUCGAGAAGACACCGAGUCUACUUUAUUCAGCCUAUACAAAUCAAACCCGGAAGCAUUCAAGCGUGAUGCGGCGACGCGUCGGUCGCAGCAGCGGAUAUCUUUGCGAAAGGAAACGGGAAUGACAGAUGAAAGCAUUGAGGGCUGGGCAGUCAUGCUAUCUCGUGAUCCAAAGCGUAUGGCGAGAAUGGAACAUGAUUACGUGCUUUCGGCCGGUCUUUCUGGACACGAUCAGCCCGAUCUUCCAUCGACUUCUUACCGGAAGCCACGUGCGGAAGAUGGAGAUGGGGAAGAUCAUGAUGCUGAAAAUUCGAGAGUGGAAGGCAGUAAGGCCGGUGACACUGCUGGCUGGCCGCGUGGUGGCGGCAGAGCCCAAGGAAGAAGCAGGGGACGCGCUGGACGUGGUGGGCGCGGUAGUCGAGGUGAUGCUGGGGCAGGUGUUGCUGGUCCGUCUGGAGAUCACGAUACCGCAGUGGCGAGAAGAAGGAAAGAUGCCAAUAAAUCAUCACGAGCGAACCAUAGUCGUAAAGACCAACGAGCCCGCAAGGUCGCUAGAGGAGGUUUAUAG